AUGUGGAUGUGGUUUGGCUACGACCUUGGCGAGUUCCUGUUCCCCGGUCUGGAGGUCAGCUCGCGCUGGGCCUUCGCCCUUAGCUGGAUUGUGCUUUUCUUUGUUGCUUUUCUGUUUGAAGGCUCCAAGGUAUACCUCGCGAAGGUGCAGCGUGAAGCGCACAAGAGGCUGAACCCUCACAGAUCGGACGAGAGAAGGAACUUGCUAUGUGAUAGAGAACCGGGCGGCGCGAUGGAAGCCACCACAAGCCGCAACGCUAGCACGGGUCAGGUGAGCCGCUGGGCCUCGCUUAAAGUCCGAAUGGCGGUCACAGCGCACCAGUCGCUGGUGUUCCUGGUGCAUAACGUGGUGGGCUACUUGCUGAUGCUGGCCGUCAUGGUGUACAACGUGCACCUGCUGCUCGCCGUCGUGUUUGGCAUGAUGCUCGGCUACUUCCUAUUUGGCACGAAACUGACGCGUCUUCAGAUGCAGUGCUUCCGCACCAAGCGCGUCGUGAUCUGCACGCCGGAGUGCGAUGACACGGCUGACAACACCACACCACCAUUGCUAACCUCAUCAGCUGAUUCGGAUGCAGAUUUCUUCAUUUGCCGCACACGCACUUGUAUACAACCGUCCCAUUAUUUUGCGGCGAGUACCUCGCAGGGCUCGUCCAACGAUUUAGCAAACGCUACCUGCUAUUAUGGUGCGAAACAGUGCCCUUCGAAAGUAGCCAGAGCGAAUAAAAUUCAAGCGGCCGCCAGUAGUCAUUGCCAUCACACAGAAAGCGAAAAAGAAGAGAGUCCGAGCGUAGAGGAUGUCCAACUUCUGAGAACGGAACGGCAAGGCUGUUGCAAAAAGAAGCAAGAGCCCCCACCCGAAGAGAAAAAGUGUUGUAGAUCUAGUCAAAUGGAAUCCGUCGUCGUGGUGCACGAACCAGCUCAAUCUUGUUGCAAAAGAGAAGAGAAACUUGAAAGAGUUGAAGUUAAAUUAAGGGAGGAUAGCCCUCAGAUCACAUGCUGUCAUAAUACUAUGUCUGCGACCACGGAAAGUCAAGAACAAAUAUUGAACCAAUGA